CGUUGCGAUGGGUGGUUAGAAUGGCGUCAUCCGGGUCUAAACCGUUUUGGUAAACUGAGUACCUUUCAUCGGACUUAAUAUAUCAUACCAAGUCUCUUCACAGUUCACACUCAGACCAGUCUCCUGACUCGGCUAUCGCUCUAGCACGCAGAUCCGAAAAUGACGACUUCAUUCAGCGAAAUCCCAGUAAUAGACCUUUCACAAGCAGAUGACAAGGCAAAUAAGGCCAACUUACUGAAUAGCCUCCGUUAUGCUCUUACGGAAGUUGGUUUUCUAUAUGUGUCGAAUCACGGAGUCCCAACAACGACUGUCGAGAAGUUGGUAGCUGUGCUACCUACUCUUUUCGACUUAGAAGAUGAUGUCAAAAAAUCUGUUGCGUUGGAAAACUCGCUUCAUUUUCUCGGUUACAGCGGUGUUGGCAGUGAAAAUACGGGCGGGAAGGCAGACAGGAGGGAGCAGUUCGAAUUUGCUACUGAAUUAACGAAGACCUGGAAUCCCGGUCUUCCGCUCUACGAACGUCUACGGGGCCCCAAUCAGUGGCCAUCGGGAUCUCCGGAAAUAAGAUAUGCAGUAGAGAGCUAUAUAACAGAGCUCAGCAGGUUAGGCGAGCGAUUUUUAGAUCUCGUCGCACAGGCUUUGUCACUUUCGCCUGGAACAUUCCAACCCUUUUUAUCAGACCAACAUCGUUUGAAGUUGGUUCACUACCCCGCACUACCGGCUGAUGAUCCGACGAUUUCGCAGCAAGGCGUUGGCCCUCACAAGGACUCUUCGGGAUGGUGGACAUUUCUACUCCAGGCGUCACCUCCUGAGGUGAAAGGACUACAAGUCCUUAACAAAGUAGGGGAUUGGGUAAACGUGCCAGUAGUUCCCGGCACCUUCGUGGUCAACAUCGGUCAAGCUUUUGAAGUAGUAACUAACGGUGUAUGCAAAGCCACUACCCAUCGAGUCCUCUCGGGUCCGCACGAGCGAUACAGCGUCCCAUUCUUCCAAGGCGUUCGUCGGAAUCUCACUAAAACCGAAGCCGUCGAUACCUUAAAGGCGCAUUUCGGUUCCCUUAAUAUCGGCCAGGAAUCCGACGAAGGACAUGCGAUUGACUCGGCCUUCGUAAAGGGCAAAUACGAUACUUGGGGAGAGUCGCAGCUACGGACGAAGGUGCGUAGUCAUCGCGAAAACGGCAAGAAGUUUUACCCCGAGGUCUACGAUCAGUACAUCAACGACGACGCGUAAAGGUACUUCAUUUUAUUACAAACAAAAUACAAUUCAU